CCCAAAUUCGCUAAUUGACCCCAUUUCUCUCUGCAAACAUACCCAAUUGGUCUGUUUCUUUACCAAUUUUGCGUUAUGCACCAAGCGAUUCCGUACAGGACGUGGAUUCCGGCCGCCGCCUCCUGCCGGUCCUCCGAUCCCACGGCGGAGGCCGUCGAUGGCGCCGGCAGCAGCGCUGGGGCGGCGAGUGUUCACAAAAUGGUGUCCAAAAACGCCGUCGUCGUCCUGGCAAGGAGUGGGUGUUGUAUGAGCCAUGUUUUGAAACUGCUCCUGUUGGGCCACGGCGCGAACCCGGCUUUCUUCGCCGUCGAUGAGGAAGACGAGGCCGAUAUCGCCGGUGAGAUUGCGAAAUCCGCCGGUGCGGGGGAUGGAAACGACGGGAGGGUGCAGUUUCCGGUGGUGUUUGUCGGAGGGAAGGUGUUUGGUGGGUUGGAAAGAGUGAUGGCAGCUCAUAUCUCUGGCGAAUUGGUGCCGGCGUUAAAAGAUGCCGGUGCUUUGUGGCUUUGAUCGCGAGAAAAGAAAAUUCAAUUUUCAAUUAACGGAAUCUAGUAUGUUAUAUAUGAAAUUAUAUUGUUGAUUUUUAAAUCCUCUAUUGCAUUUAAUUUCUGAAUUCUGAUUCGAGAUAUCUCCGAUGGGAUGGAGAGUUUAAUUUUUGUAUAGUUCACACGAAUUGAUUUUCGCUAAAUUUUCGUUGAAAUUUUAGGCCUCGUGUCGGAUUAGGUAGGCGGAUCUUCAAAGAUCGUGUAAAUUAAUUUGUAUUCUUUUCUUGCUCAGAAUUAUUAUGAUGCCAAUAAAUUAUUUUAGUACUCCCCAAAAUUGUAAACGAAA